AAUAAAGUGUAAAUUUCUGAAUAUAUAUCGUCGGUAGUAGUAAUAAGGUUAUCACUAUCCAAGGAAAAUGACCAAAAACUUUGGGGGCUGUGGGGAAAUGGCCAUACUACAAAAGUCAGUGAGAUACCUUUCCUACAUAAAUUAUCGUACCCAAAUUCCAAACCCAACUUGGUCUAUAUACACAGACUUCCUUAUCUAUCAAAACAUAUGAAAACACUAAAAAAAAAAAAAAAAACUAAAACGAAUUAGUAUCCCAACGGUGAUUGGAUAUAACAUGCAUGCCCCGAAAUCCAGAUCUCAUUUUGUGGUACUAUACCUUGAAAAACUUAAACGAUAAUGUUUCAAUUGUAAACCUCAAACUCCAAUGGUGAAUUAGAAAAAAGAAAAACCAAACGUUGAUGCCUGAACUAACUGAUGCCAAAGAAAUUCCAUUAAUUAGCAGUGAAAUUCGGCUACCUCUGACGGACCCCUCCAUUAGCCCGCUCUCCUAACCUCCAAUUUUAAGCCCCCCAAAAAAAAAAACCAAAAAACAUUUCUGUUAAAACGUGAAAUAUCAUCCCAUCUUUUCUUCGGUUUCUUCUUUCUCCUCUGCAGUUCCCUUCCUCCAACCAUACCCCACACCUAACCCCCUACGAAUUCUCCCUUUCCUUUUUCAGUUUUUCUUUUUCUUGGUUACGACUCUCUCUGCCCCUUUUUAUAUAGUAUAGUAUAUCUAAACUGUUGCUUAAAGCCACGCUCCAAUUUCUCAAAUCUCAAACAAUUCCUCUCCUCCUUUCGUUUUUCUUUUUUAAUCCAGUACUACUGUUAUUUUUUUUAAUUAUAAUUAAUUAAAAAAAAAGAAUACCACUUCUUUUCUAUUGUUGAGAUCUUUUUUCUAGGGACUAUAUAGGAGAGUGAUAACUCCUGAAGUUUAGCAUUAAUAUUCCUAAUAAUUAUCAUUCCCCCCCCCACACUUUUCGCAUCAUUUCCUAAUCUAACUUCAUAUACUCGUUCUCCCCAACCCGGAGAGAGCCCCACGGCGGGGGUUAGCAAAAAAAAAUAAAAAAAUACUACUACUAUUAUGGAAAUGGACUCGCCGACCCACCACCACUUCGGUGUCGCUGCCGCCGCCGCUCCUCCUCCUACUUCUACUACGACGGCAGCAGCGUCACUAGUCGAAGAAGCAACCGCCGCCGGCGACAGUCCUGAUUACAAUACGACGCCUCGGGGUUUGAGCUCCGCUAAAGUGAGUGAGACUCUCCGGCUUGUUCAGUCUCAUGUCCUGGAGAUCAGAGUUGAAGCUGCUAAAGAGAUCAGGCGGCUUACUAAGACGUCUCAGAGGUACCGCCGUUAUUUCUCCGGCGCCGUUAGGCCUCUUGUUCAGAUGCUAAGUUAUGAGUCCGUUGAGGCUAAUGAAUCCGCGCUUCUCGCUCUCCUCAAUCUCGCCGUCAAAGACGAAACAAACAAGAUUAGUAUAAUUGAUGCUGGUGCUCUUGAUCCAAUCAUUGGUUUUCUUCAGUCGGACAAUCCAACAUUGCAGGAGCAUGCUACUGCAUCCUUACUCACAUUAUCUGCUUCAUCUGUGAAUAAGCCUAUAAUCAGUGAUGCUGGGAUCAUCCCUUUACUUGUGGAAAUCCUAAGAGAUGGGUGCAUGCAAGCGAAGGUUGAUGCUGUUAUGGCCCUAUACAAUCUUUCAACACAUCCAGGCAAUUUGAGCCUGAUUCUUCAUGCGGAACCAAUUCCGUACAUGGUUGAUUUACUUAAAUUUUGUAAGAAGUCCUCAAAAACUGCAGAAAAGUGUACAGCUCUCAUAGAAUCAUUGGUGACAUUUGAAGAAUGCAGAAUUGCAUUGACAUCAGAAGAAGGGGGAGUUCUAGCAGUGGUAGAAGUGCUCGAAAGUGGUUCUCCUCAAAGCCGGGAACAUGCACUAGGAGCACUCCUGACAAUGUGCCAGAGUGACAGGUGUAAAUAUAGGGAACCAAUUCUUAAAGAAGGUGCAAUUCCUGGUCUUCUUGAGCUUACAGUUCAAGGGUCACCCAAGUCUCAGUCCAAAGCACAAACACUUUUGCGCUUGCUCAGGGAUUCUCCGUAUCCAAGGUCUGAACUUCAACCCGAUACGCUAGAAAAUAUAGUUUCCACUCUUAUUUCUCAAAUAGAUGGCGAGGAUCAAUGUGGAAAGGCAAAACAGAUGCUAUCGGAGAUGGUACAAGUUAGUAUGGAGCAGAGUUUAAGACAUUUGCAACAGAGGGCACUGGUUUAUACUCCAACAGAUUUGCCAGUCAAUAAAUGUGCGUCCGAAGUCUCAUCCAAGUAAAUGUUUUCAAGUUUGAUCUUGUACUGAUUUUCAUCAUCCUUAAAGGUUUGCCCUUUCAAAUUUUGAUUCAUAGGCGAUAAUAAGAAAAGAAAAUAUGCCAGUCCAGGCCUUUGUGAUGGGUACGAUGAGACUGGUGGUUCAAUGUCGAUAUAAUAUAAGCUUGCUACUCUUUUCUGAAAAGGUACAUUAGCCUUUUUGUUUACCACCUUUGUAUCAUAACAUCUGUUCAUGGAAUAUAAGCUUGCUACUCUUUUCUGAAAAGGUACAUUAGCCUUUUUGUUUACCACCUUUGUAUCAUAACAUCUGUUCAUGGAAAAUAUACGUUCAGUUGUGGCUUUCUGUCUUCAUUAGCAGUUCCUUCUUUCUAAUGCAAUCAUAGUGUAAAUGGCCCG